AUGAAAGACCUCAAGAACAAAGAAGCCAAGAUCGUCUACAUCACUGGCGCCGACAUCGAAAGCGAAUGCUUGAACAGUCUAGUCGACGGGGAGUUCGAGCAGCACGAGGCCGCCCUUCAGGACACGGUGCUCAUCGUCGAUGAGGUCGACGGCCUGAUUUUCGACGGUGGCACCACCACCACCAAGCAUUUCGCCGAUCGCGACCUUGGCGACAUGGUCAACGAAUGGUUGACACAACUCAGGAACAAGGGCCGGAUCGACCGCGACUACGACGAUUUCCGCUCGGUUGACGACAUCUCAGAGUUGUUGCAGCAGGAGGUGGAAGACGCGUUCGCCGAGGCAGCACAGAAGGUGGAGGGCCGCGACUACGCCAAGAGAGGCGAGGGGAUGUACAUGCUCAGCCCCGAGACCGGAAAGGUCGUCGAGGGAGGCUGGAGCCUCUGGCUCGAGAUCAUCAAGAGCAACAACAACUUCCCCUCCCAGUGGGUGGAAUACAAGUACGAGAAGGCCAUCCUGUCCAGACUGCAAUGCUACAUGUCGUACACCUGCAUCUGCGGCCUCACGGGCUCGCUGGGGCAGAGCGCGGAGCGCGAGUACCUCUCGAAGUACUACGAGGCUGCCACGUUCAACGCGCCAUUCUUCCUGGACACGUGCCGCGGCAAGGGCGGCAAGGUGUGCGGCAAGAAGGUCCCCCAGCACAUCGAGGAGACCGAGCCGCUGAACACCGUUAAGCAGCAAGACAAGAAGGUGGUGGAGUUGGCCACCAAGAAGUGCUCUGAGGUGCCCGUGCUCAUCGUGACCAACAGUACCGACUCCGUCGACCGCGUCUCGAACUCCUUGGAGAAAAAGCUUCGGGAACUGUACGGAGAGCCUGGUGCAGGGGACGCGCAGGGCCAAGAAAGUUCGGCCACCCGCGGCGGCCGCGCGGCCUCCGUGGGCCGCAGCGGCGGCGCGGGCAGCGCCUCGGCUCGCGGCAGGACACCGCGGGCGUCCUCUGUGGCCAGGGGAGAGCCCGGCGGCGCCGCCGCUGCCUCGAGCAGCGUCAUCAGGCUGCUCCACAACCCGAAGCGGCCGCUGGAGUUCGUGGAGCUGGUGGAGAAGGCGACGGAGCCAUUGCCCGGCGCCGACUCCGAGAAGCAACAGAAGUGGCCCAUCACGGUGACGACGGCGGAGGGUGGCCGAGGCCACGACUACCGUGUGGUGGACCCGGACAUCGACGACAAAGGCGGCCUGCUGCUCAUCGUCACUUGGAUCCCCACGUCGGAGCGCGAGUGGAUCCAGAUCCUCGGCCGGACAGGCCGCCAGGAUCGCAACGGGCAGUACGCGGUCUUCAUCUGCAACGAGGACGAGAGCGUGCUCGAGGCGCUCAAGGGGCGGACCAAGGGCCAGCCGCUCGUGGAUUGCAUGCUCGCCUACGGGGACAGAGAGACGGCCAAGAUGUUGAAAGCCAACACUGCUGACAUCGAGCGCGGCCGGGUAAUGCACAAGCUUACCUCCAAGUACUGGUCCAAAGAAAAGGCUGGCAAGACCACAAAGCGAAACAACUGGGACUGGAAGGAGCUCUGCAGGGAGUUCAUGGACAACGAGCCGGCGAAGAUAGAGGACCGGUUCUACACCAUGUUCCCGCAGGACAAGAACCAGCAAGAGGGCCUUCUGAAGCGAACCGACGGCCGCCGCUACGAGGGCGGCCUGAAAGAUGGGAAGCCGCACGGUUUUGGUGUGUUCACUAUGCCGGACGGCACCACCUUCGAGGGGCAGUGGGACGAGGGUCGCAUGCACGGCACCGGCAAGUACAUCGAUCCAAGCGGAGCACAGUACGAGGGAGGUUGGGUGACGCACGAAAAGUCUGGCAAGGGCAUAGAAACGUACCCCGACGGGGCGCGCUACGAAGGCGACUUCCUCCAGGGCUGCAAGCACGGGGUCGGCAAGUACACGACCGGCCAGGGUGCGCACUACGAAGGCCAGUUCAAGAAAGACAAGAUGGAUGGCCAUGGACAUUGGGAGUUCGUGUCAGGGCACAAGUACACUGGUCAGUGGAAGCGCGGACAGAUGAACGGCACUGGCAAGAUGGUGUGGGCCGACGGCGUCACCUACGAAGGCAGGUUCGAGAACGACGUGAGGCACGGGAGAGGCACAGUGAAGUGGCCCGACGGCAGGGUCUACAGAGGCCACUGGCACAAGGGCCGCCUGAACGGCUCAGGCGUGAUGAUAGACGCGAACGGAGAGGCCAUGCCCACGCAGAACAUCCCGGACCAGGGCGACCUUGGCGGAGGAAAGGGUGCGGUUCCAUCCAACAGCGGAGGCGGCGGCUUCAGCUACAAGGCCAUGACGGCUAAGGAAGAAGGCGAGCUCUGCACGCUGUAA